UACAGUUCACAGAUUUGCCAGGAGUCCAUCUCUUCGUAUAUCUGUGCCACCAAUGGUGUGAAGUUACCGCGACUGUUUCAAUAGUGGAUUACAGAUGGGUAAAACAUUGAAAAUCGUUUGAUAAAUGCACUUUAUUUAUUUUUAUCAUAUGGGAUUUUAGAAAGUGUGCAGCGGACUGUUUUAUUGGUUUUCCCUGAAACGUCGGGAACAGGACACAGGCAAGUGUAAACUCCUUAUACUGAUCAAGUAUGUGUAUUAGAGACGUGUGGAGUAUCUUAGAUUUAUAUCAUUUUUCAGCUAACAAUUUUCGGAAAUAAAUUGGACUGUCGAAAGAUAUUUAGAAGACUCGGUGCAGUGAUCUACGAGGGACACUCGGGCAAAAGCUAUAGCCUAAACGAUCCUCGGGCUCUUGGAUGUGGUCUGAGUAGGGCAGGGGUGAAGACUUGGACCUCUAACUAUGAAAUGAAUCAGUCUUCCAACGUCUUCAUUUUGUAUUUUCCAAAGACACAUCUAGUUAUGGGGUGAGGAGGAUGAGGUAGAGACUGGAGGGAUAGUCUAUGUGGGAGGGAACAUGGAAUGUUUUCUAUUAUAUAAUCUUUGACAAAACUGCUUAUUAGUGGGAGACCAUAACAAGCCAUUUUCCCUGACCCCUUUCCCCCUUCCCCUUUUAUCACGGGAGACAGAACACUUUUUGUCUUCAUUAAUAAUUUAGGAAAUAAUCGAACUGCUUUCAGACAAAUUGGCUGUUGAGAUGAUAACACAUCUUGAUUGAAGUUGACAAGGAGAACACUGGGGUCUAUGACAAGAGUCACUAGUGUGUAUUCUCUUUAUUUCACUGAUAUUUUAUUACACAGUAACCCUUCUGUCUGCCUCUCCAGAAGAGAGAGGAAUAUUGAAUUGCCAAGAUGGCUAAUGUGCAUUUGUUGUUUCAGAUUUCAACUAUACCUCUCUGUCUCUUUUUUCUCUGCCUUGAUCCAUCUCUCUUUUUUAUUGUUUGAUUUUGGUUGAUAAUUUGGAAUGACACCUGGAUUUCAAGCCUCUACCAUCCUUCAAGAUGCUAAAUUUAAAGACACUAAAUAGUCAGCUAACCCCACACAGUUGUACCCCUUACUUGUUUUUCAACUUUGCACUGUUUUCUUGGUGAAGCCAUCUUUUGUGGACGUAGAACAAUUGCAACCAACCCCAUCUUGCUUUGAGAUACUGUGAUAUGUAAUAAUUUGAGAAACUGUCGACACACUCUGUUGUGUCCCUUGCCGUCUCUGAAUCUCUGAAAGGCUUUUUGCGUAAAGUAGAAAGGGACAAAAACAAUCCCCAAGUUAAUUUUCCUCCAGCCCCCCUGUCCGUCCUCCCCUCUCCCCCCCACUCAUCAGGGCUGGUGGGGGGGUGGGAUCUGGACCUCCAGGGUCGUAACGGCGGAGGUGGUGGUACCCUGGAGCCUCCCUGGAGCAAGGCCUCCCACCAUGGAGACCAGUCCGGAGAGCCCCAACCGGGCCGUGGAGUACCUCCUGGAGCUCAACAACAUCAUCGAGAGCCAGGCCAAGCUCAUGGAGACCCAGCGGCGGCGCAUCGAGGAGCUGGAGGGUCAGCUGGACCGAGUCAGCCAGGAGAAUCAGAACCUGAGGCUGGAGAAACCCACUCCUCCACGAGCCCCGGAGCUCCCCGAACAGAACCAUAGCAACACCAACCACAGAGCAGAGCAGCCACUCUCCUUGCCCAUCCACCCUGGCAGCAGUAGUGGAGGUAGUGGCAGCACCCCCAGCCCCAUCACCGCCCCACCCCCUGCAGUGGUGGUACCCCCUGCAGGGCUGAGCCGAGAGAGACGUGCCCACACCAGGCUGACCCGGGGCAUGUCCUGUGGCUCGAACCCAGCUGAGAGGGAGCAGCGGGAGAGAUUGGACCACACAGACAGCUCUGACACCAACAGCUCCACCAUCCGCAGAAAUGUGGAAACAGAGACCCAGUGUGCGGCGCCUCCCAGGGCCCACUCAGACGGCCCCUACAGCCAGACCACAGCGUACCUGCGUGGCACAGAGCGCUACAGUGACAGCAGCCGUGGUCCUGGUCCUCCAGGCCCUCGGGGGCCUCCGUGUGUGGCCCCUCCCAGCUCGGCUAGCCUUGCCUGGGCACUGCGAACACGCAAUCAGCCUGCCAGCCUGGCCCUCCGCAAGCAGGAGGAAGAGGAGAACAAGAGGUGCAAGGCCAGUCUCUCUGACAGCUAUGAGCUCUCCACAGACCUACAGGACAAGAAGGUGGAGAUGUUGGAGAGGAAGUAUGGUGGCUCCUUCGUGAGCCGCAGAGCAGCCCGGACCAUCCAGACAGCCUUCCGCCAGUACCGCAUGAACAAGAACUUUGAGCGCCUCCGCAGUUCGGCGUCCGAGAGCCGCAUGACGCGACGCAUCAUCCUGUCCAACAUGCGGCUGCAGUACUCGUUUGACGACCGCCAGCCGCAGCAGCAGGGGGCCGGAACACAGACGAACUUCACACACAGCGUGGGCAUCGGCCCUCCUCAUUCACCUGACACAGAAAGGACAGGAGACUACACACACCUGGAGGACUCCUUCACCAAACAGGUGAAGUCCCUGGCUGACUCCAUGGACACUGCCCUGACCUGCCGUGGCGGGCGGGAUGACUCCCAGGAGGGCAGCAGGGAGGACUUUGGGGAGUGUGUGUGGAGCAGCAGCAGUAACCCCUCCUCUCAGAGAGGCCUGUGUGAGAGAGCCAGAGGAGGGGGAGGGGGCCUCAGCAUGCAUGGAGACAGCACAGCCACCUCCUACAGCGAUGUCACUCUAUACAUGGACGACUGCAUGCCCUCCUCACCCCUCUCCCUGGACCGGGCCCCCAGCAGCACAGACACCGAGUACUGGGGCCCUGGGGGAGGCGUGGGGGGCCGUGAGGACAGCAGGGACACUGAGGGAGGGGGUAGUAGUAAUAGCCGUCGCAGCACUCCCUGCACUGAGUGUCGAGACUAUCGUCUGAGGGGCGCCCACCUGCCCCUGCUCACCAUCGAGCCCCCCAGCGACAGCUCUGUGGACAUGAGCGACCGCUCGGAGCGUGGCUCCCUCAGCAGACAGAUCUAUGAGCAGGAGCCAGCGGGAGGAGCAGGCUCUCCUCAGGGAACACUCAAACACUCACCUAACACUCCCUGCCCUGUCUCCACAUACCCAGACACCCCCUCGUCCUCCUCCUCCCCCCAACAGCCCCCCACCACCCCCCUGUCCUCCUCCUCCUCUGCUGCGCUGCCUCCUGGUGGCCUAGAGCAGCCCUGUCUGUCUGACGGGGACAACGACUCUCUCAACUCCACCACCAACUCCAACGAAACAGUCAACUGCAGCUCUGGCUCCUCGUCUCAGGACAGCCUGAGGGAGCCCCUACCCCCUCUGGGCAAGCAGACCUACCAGAGAGAGAGUAGACACAGCUGGGACUCACCGCCAUUCAACAACGACGUGGUGCAAAGACGCCAGUACCGCAUCGGACUCAACCUAUUCAACAAGAAGCCAGAAAAAGGGAUCCAGUACCUGAUCGAGAGAGGCUUUGUGUCCGACACUCCGGUCGGGAUUGCUCGCUUCAUCCUGGAGAGGAAGGGCCUGAGCAGACAGAUGAUCGGAGAAUUCCUCGGCAACCGGCAGAAACAGUUCAACAAGGACGUACUGGACUGUGUGGUGGACGAGAUGGACUUCUCAGGGAUGGACCUGGACGAUGCUCUGAGGAAGUUCCAGGCUCAGAUUAGAGUUCAAGGAGAAGCCCAGAAAGUAGAGAGGCUCAUAGAGGCUUUCAGUCAGCGGUACUGUGUGUGUAACCCGACGCUGAUCCGCCAGUUCCAGAACCCAGACACCAUUUUCAUCCUGGCUUUCGCCAUCAUCCUCCUCAACACGGAUAUGUACAGCCCCAACGUCAAGGCGGAGAGGAAGAUGAAGAUAGAGGACUUCAUCAAGAACCUCAGAGGAGUGGACAAUGGCCAAGACAUUCCCAGGGACCUGUUGGUUGGGAUCUACCAGCGGAUCCAGAAGUGGGAGCUAAGGACCAACGAUGACCACGUGUCCCAAGUGCAGGCAGUGGAGAGAGUCAUAGUAGGCAAAAAGCCUGUGAUGUCUCUGCCACACCGUAGGCUGGUAUGCUGCUGUCAGCUCUAUGAGGUGCCUGACCCCAACCGACCUCAGAGAACAGGAGUUCACCAACGGGAGGUCUUCCUGUUCAACGACCUGCUGGUGGUGACUAAGAUUUUCCAGAAGAAGAAGACUUCUGUGACGUACAGUUUCAGACAGUCCUUCCCUCUGGUGGAGAUGCAAGUCCACAUGUUCCAGAACUCCUACUACCCCCACGGUAUUCGUCUGACCUCGGCAGUGUUGGGUGGAGAGAGGAAGGUCCUUAUCGUGUUCAUGGCACCCAGUCAGCAGGACCGCACCCGCUUUGUCAGUGACCUUAGAGAGAGUAUCGCUGAGGUGCAGGAGAUGGAGAAGUACAGAGUGGAGUCUGAGUUGGAGAAGCAGAAAGGCGUGAUGCGGACUGGCCUGCUAACCGGCUUGGUCGGAGGUGGAGUGGGUGUGAAGGGUGAGGUGGCGAACGGCACCCUGGGAAGGCCCAGUCUAGAUGACAACUACUCUGCAGGAGAGGGACUCAAACGCUCCGCGCUCAGCUCAUCUCUCCGAGACCUAUCAGAUGGAGGGAAACGUGGUCGCAGUAACAGUGUUGGCUCCCUCGACAGUACCAUGGAAGGUUCCAUCAUUAGCAGCCCCCGGCCACACCAGCGUUACCCGGUUCCGGGCGUGGUCCCAGGCUGCUACCCUACAGAAGACUACCGGCCGCAUCGCCCCAUCCUGAGCCCCGGAACGGGGGUGGGGGGUGGGCCGGGGCAACAACACACCGCUGCUGGGACGGGAGUUGGGGGGAUUCCCAGCAGUGUAGAGAGAGCGGGGGUGGGGAGCGGCCCUGGGGGGGGCAAUACGGGCUCCUUCCUAGGCUCUCUAUUCGGCAGCAAACGUGCCAAACCGCCAAGUCCCCUUAUACCACCGGGGCCACCCUACCCCGCCCCUGUCCCCCCACCCACUACGGGAGGGCCCCCUCCUCACUCCCCUUCAUCUCUGUGCCAGUCGGAGGGGGGCCCUUCCAAGAUCCAGGCCCUGCAUGCGCAGUACUGCCACACGGCCGCCGUGCAGCCCCCUCCCCCCUACUACCAUCACCAUCGCUACCACGUCCAAGCUGGCCCUCCUCCCUUGCCAGGCGGGGGCGUGCCCCCUCAUAUUCUUCAGAGAGGGCCGUUCCCCUGUCGCCCUCCUAUUGGCCCCCCUCACGCCCAGCUCCAGCAGCUGGCCCAUCUCUCCCAGCUUUCCCAGCAUGGCAUGCAGGGUCGCUACGGCAACAUGGCGGUGGGCUGUCCUCCCCCCCUUUCUCCUCACUCCCAACAUUCCCAGAACCCCCAGUUCACCCUGUACCACACGCCGCCCACACACUCUAUCAGGGCGGGCGCCAUGCCAGGCAAACCUCCUCUGACUUUGUCUCACUCCCACCCGCACCCCCACGCACACUCCCACACCCACCCAGGGCACCCGCUCAGUGCUACGCCGCACCCCGCCCCCCACCCACAUCAGUCUCGCUUCAUCUUUGGCACGCUACCCCACCAACAUCAGCAUCAGCAGCCGUCCGCCUCCGUCAACACCCAUCACGCUGCGUCCGCCGCCCAGUAUCAGCCCCAGUACCCUCCUCUCUCUUCUAUCCCCCCCCCCCCCCCACUCCCCUUUACCCCCCCCUUCUACCCCCCUUAUCCCCCUUAUGCCUCUCUGCCCUCACCCCCUCCAGCACCCCGGGCAGCCUCAGCAGGGGCCCCAAGUGACGGGGGCUGGGGCGACUGGCACAGGGGGCAGCUCCAAAUCCAAACCUAUCAACCGGAUCAGCACGGUGGUGUGAGCAGCAGAACGUGGGGCCACAGAGGGCAGAGGUCAGAGGGCAGGAUGGAGGAAGGGGGCGGGGCUAGGGCCAGGGAUAGAGCCAGGGCUGGUAGAGGUGAGCAGGACAGCAGCAGCAGUAACAACAGCGCCAGUGACAAGAAGAAACGCAACUUAUUUCGACUCUGCUACUUUCACCUUCGCUUCCCACACAUGUAGACAGAGAGAGCAAAGGAAAGCGAGUUGGAGCUGAAUUACAUGCAUAUACCUUCACACAUACAGGACACACAAGCACACACAGGCAGAAUCAACACACAUAAAGCAACACCCACAUAAAUGUAAGCACACAAAUAUGUUUUUAUAUAGUAUAGGCAAAGGCUAGACAAUCAUGCUUAUUACAUAUACAACAGUUGUAGAGAGACUAUAGGUGGUUCCUAUGCAGUUUCUCAGGUGUAUUCUAUCAGCUCUCAGCACACAAACUCAUAAGGGAGAGUCACAGGUAGGAGCAAUGAUGUUAAAGUUGGCAGCAGGCAGGAAAAGCAUUAAACACACACACACAAUCAACAAUUUUUAUAGCCAUAGAACCGAUGCUAGUAGUAAAUGUACAGUAGAGGGCCUGUAACCCAGUGUUUCACUGUCAGAAGUAUUAUUGGAAACUGUACUGUGCCAAGACAUGAGCUUGAGACUGUUUUAAACAUAAGUACCAACAUGUAAUCGUGCAAUGUUAUCAAUGGGGCACAUCUGCAGAUGAAAACACGCAAUAUUUGGGGACAAUGCUGACCAACAGAAAGACCAUCUCCACCCACCUGGAUAUAAAAAAGACUUCACCACUAAAUACAUUCCAGCAGGGUUGUGCAUUGUAAACAGCCAUUGAAGAUAGUUGCAAUAAUUUAUUCAGCUUCAUAAUAGCUUUGUCAAUUUCCAUAGCAGGUCUUCAUCACUGAAAGGUAUCCUUUUUUAAAGUAGACCUCAGAGACAUUUGCUUUGUCUUCAACUUUUAUGACUCACGGUUCAAUGGCAGUCUUAGGCUCUAUGGUAUUUAACAUGUAAAGAGAAGUCAGCUGGUUUCAUAGGACUUACAUGUGUGGGUGUGUGGAAUAAUGAUGCUACCAAUAAUAUUUUUGAAUGUUUUUAAGCUUUUUUGCUGUUGUAUAAAUGUUACAUAUAUAAUUGCUGAGUAUGAUGAAUAUUGUCUAAUAACAUAACUGUUUUGAUCCAGUGAUUAAUUAUAAAUUACAGAUGUUUGAUUGAUAAAAAUUAUUAUACAGAGGAUACAAACACAUAUUAAUUCCCUCAUACUUGUAUGUAAUGAGGGUGUUAUAAAGUGGGAUUUAUUUUUGUUCUCUAUAAUGGUUGCCAUUGAUAACUUCUAUUAUCAGUUAUUAUUAUUGAAUGUUAAAAAUAUGAGUUCAUAUUUAGGACUAUUUUUGUUCUUAUAGAGUUGUGUACCCUAUAUCUCCCUAAAUUAUUAUUAUUAUUUUUUUUUAGGAGACUGGUGAUUGUGUGAACUAGUACUUGCACAAUGUCAGAAAAUGGGUUCAUCGGAGUCAAAAUGCAUAUGAAUUAAUAUGCUUUCCCACCUCAGACCCCUUUGAAAGAUCCCCUUAAGGGCUUUGACCUUUUACCUGCUCAUGGACAAUGAUCCUCGUUUAUGUCCUCCAUGUUAUCCUCCCUGUUAUCAUGGGACUCACUCACAAGCAUCUGGUCUUGUUGAGAGAGUUUCUCACAUGGCGUGUGUUUGGACGGUCUAUGUCUUUGAACAAGCACGCUUUGUAAUAUAGUUUUGUGGUUUUGCACACGUGGUGUCUUAAAGUCAGAAAUUGCAUUAUUUUAAACACCCUCCUCCCAUACCCCCUUACCCAUCCUCAGAGAAAUCAUCACCACCUUAAUAGCCUACACCCCAGCACCCUUACUGAAUGGGCUUGUCAAUAUAUCAAACAGGUUUGUGAAUCUUCUCCUCUCUCAUCUCUGUUGACCCCCUUUCUAACUUCCUCUCUCUGUCCUUCUAUUGCACUGUGUUUGAACAAUGGUAGAUUGAACUAGGUACUAGUGUUUCAGGAUAAAGGGAAUCAUUUAAUUUUAGGAUGGUGAAUUGUAGUUAGACAUGCUAGACAAAACUUGAGGACAAAGAAAUGUUGAAAGAGACAGAUUAACGUUAAAAGCCAGAACAAGAAUAUGGGUAGUCAGGGGAAAAUAAAAGGUUUUAGGGGUGGUUGAUGUUGAAGCUUUGUGUUGGCGUUUCCCUGCAUAAUUCCCUCUGUAUUGUCCCUUUGUGACCCCUCUUGCAUGAAUAUAUCUGCACAUAUUGAAUGGAUUGUACUGUAUAAAUCGGAAUGUACAUAUUAUACUGAGGUGUGUGUGCGUGCGUGCAUGUGUGUUUGUGGGUGUGUUUGUGGGUGCGUGUGAGCGUGCAUGUGUGUUUGUGGGUGCGUGUGAGCGUGCAUGCGUGUGUGUGUGAGAGAGAAAGACGAGCAGGGGACUUUGGUUUGAAUAUUGAAUUAUUUUUAUUUUAGACUGAAGGUGAGAGAAUAAAUUGCAGUAAUUAAGUGUUUGUAUGUCAGAGAACUAAUUGAUAUUAUUUUAAACAUACAGAAAGUAUGAUCUUAAAAUUUUUAUUUGUGUAUGUAAUAAGUAUAAACUGGAAGAAUAGAGAAUUGAGAUGUGAAUAUUUAUUGCUUCUGAUAUAUUAAAAAGUGUCCUUGCA